AUGCCAUUGUUACAGAACACCGUCCUUGGUUGGGUUGUGGCAGGAAAAAUUGAAAACGUAGCUUACAACAAUGCCACUUGUGCAAUCUUCUGCGAAGACGAUUCUACUAAUGACCUCAUUGAAAGGUUCUGGAAACUGGAUGACUUCGAAGACUCGCCAAGAUCGAUGACGACAGCCGAGAAAUUCUGUGAAACACAUUUCACUCAAACAGUAACCAGGUCUAAUACCGGCCGCUUUGAAGUUCGACUACCAUUCCGAGAAAAUGGUGAAGCCUUGGGUGACUCAAAGCAAUUAGCACUCAACCGUUUUAUGUCAUUAGAAAGACGACUAAACAAAAACCCAACAUUAAGGAGGGAUUAUAUCAAAUUUAUGGACGAAUAUGAAGCAUUUGGACACAUGGAACAAAUCAAUCCAACCGAUAUCCCAAAACCUCACUUCUUCAUCCCUCAUCACUGUGUACUUAAACCUGAUAGCAGCACAACAAAACUACGUGUUGUCUUCGACGCAUCGGCUAAAACCUCUACGGGUCUAUCUCUCAAUGACAUACUCCAUACUGGACCCACAGUUCAAAGUGAACUUUUCUCGAUCCUACUCCGAUUUCGAAUGCAUAAAUAUGUGUUUACAGCAGACAUCGAAAAAAUGUACAGACAAAUUCUCGUUCAUGAAGAGGAUCAGAAUUAUCAACUCAUCGUGUGGAGGCAGCAGCCAUCAGAAGGCAUAAAAUACUACAAGCUCAAAACCGUCUCUUACGGAACCUCAGCCGCCCCCUAUUUGGCAACCAAAUGCCUGCAGUUUUUAGCCUCUCAAAGCAAGCUAACACAUCCAAUAGGAAGCCAAAUCCUAUUAGAGGAUUUCUAUGUAGACGACUGCAUCAGCGGAUCCAACAGCAUCACUCAGACAAAGGAAGCUCAAAAACAACUAAGGUCAAUCCUGGACAACGCCGGAUUUAAACUUCGAAAAUGGUGUGCAAACCAUCCCCAAUUGUUGAAUGAUAUUCGCCUGGAAGAUCAGGAAAUCUGCCUUGACUUCACUGACGCAAGCCACUGCACCAUAAAAACACUUGGACUCGUUUGGCAACCUAAAUCAGACGAAUUAUGCGGGAGGGCUAAAAUAAAUGAUACUUCAUCAAUCACCAAACGUGUGGUAAGUUCAGAGCUCGCACGAAUAUUCAAUCCAUUGGGACUAUUUGGCCCCGUUGUAGUUCAAGCCAAAAUUUUCAUGCAAAAACUUUGGCAUUCAAAACUUUCUUGGGAUGACGAGCUUCCACAACACCUCAAAGAAGAAUGGUUCAGCUUCAGGAAGGACAUAGCAGAUCUCGACCAAGCGAAAAUUCCCAGACACGUUUCCAAGGGAAACCCUACGUCUAUACAGAUUCAUACGUUCGUGGAUGCUUCAGAGCGAGCCUAUGGAGCUGCGGUAUAUUUACGUUCAACAUACCAAGAUCGAACAAUUAUCAACAGGCUACUGUGUGCAAAAUCGCGUGUAGCCCCAAUAAAACAACAAACACUUCCUCGACUCGAACUAUGCGCUGCAGUAUUAGGAGCUGAACUCACCCGCAGAGUACGAGAAGAUGUGCGACUUCCAGAAGCGGCAGUAUUUUUUUGGACAGAUUCCCAAAUUGUUCUUUCCUGGAUAAACUCAACGUCAUCUUCAUAUCACACCUUCGUAGCAAAUCGAAUCGCAAAAAUACAAGAACACUCAUGGGGAGCCCUGUGGCGUCAUGUGCCAUCAAAGGAAAAUCCCGCAGACUUGCUCUCUCGAGGAAUAUCUGCACGAAACUUCAUGUCUUGUCACAUGUGGCUUUAUGGACCUUUCUUUUUACAUGGAAAUGAAUCAGCGUGGCCACAAACAUCUCCAAGGGAACAAGAACCUCAUUCAGAUCUUGAACGAAAAAGAAAAAACAUUGUUGCUAUAGCACUACAAGACGAUCCUCCAAGUCAAUUCAUCUACAAGAUACAACAUCGAAAUUCAUUCAAGUUUCUACAAAAUACUAUUGGCUAUAUGCUCCCGUUCAUCAAAAGGGCCAAGAAACUCAAGGUGAAUCCGGAGGGACAGAAGGCGCUUUCACCCAAGGAGCUUAACGAAUCUCUCAUGACUAUUAUAAGGCAGAUACAAUCCAUUGAAUUCAAAGGCGAAAUUCAAGAUCUUAAAAGAAAUAAGGGCCUAUGCAAAUCUAGUGCAUUUAUAACUCUGGCACCAUUUUUAGACGACAACAACGUUCUUCGAGUAGGAGGACGACUAGAAGCUGCAUCAAUAUCAUUUGAUGCAAAACAUCCAAUAUUACUCCCCUACAACGAAUCAAUUACAAAGUUGCUUUUCAAAUUUAAACAUGACUCACACAAUCACUGUGGACCGCAAACCUUAUUAUCCAUUCUUAGACAACAAUUUUGGCCAAUUAAGGGGAAGAUCACAGCUCGACACACAGUUCAUAACUGCAUUAGAUGUACAAGAACCAGACCAAAUCUAAUGACCCAAAUAAUGGGUAAUCUUCCUGCCGACCGAGUUACUCCAAAUAGACCAUUCCUUAUCAGCGGUGUAGAUUUCUGUGGACCUCUGUGGGUGCACUUCAAAAUCAGAGGUAAGAAACCACACAAGGUUUACUUAGCAGUGUUUUGCUGCUUCUCAACUAAGGCAGUGCACUUGGAAAUAGUAACAGAUUUAACCACUGAAGCCUUUAUUGGGGCCGUGAGAAGAUUCAUUAGUAGAAGAGGAAGAAUCCAGACGCUAUAUUGUGACAAUGCAACCAAUUUCGUCGGAGCCAAAAAUCAGCUUGCCGAGCUCAAGGAUAUAUUACACACAACAGAAGCAAGAGAAUCCAUCAUCAAGGCCAGCAGCGAUAAGGGAAUAACCUUUAAGUUCAUUCCACCAAGAGCCCCCCACUUCGGCGGAUUAUGGGAAGCAGCAGUCAAAUCAGCGAAACAUCUCCUACUCCGAACAGUGUCUACAGCCUCAUUAACCCAUGAGGAACUAGAAACUGUGGUCAUCGAAAUAGAGGCAAUUCUGAAUUCAAGACCACUAACUCCACUUUCAGAGACCAAAAUUCUAAGAAAUCGGUGGAGUACCAUCUGCUACCUUAAACACGAAUUUUGGAAACGAUGGUCAACAGAGUACCUCAAUCAACUCCAACAAAGAAACAGGUGGAACACGAGCCAACAAAAUAUAAGAAUUGGUGACCUAGUCAUCAUAAAGGAAGAUAACAUUCCAACCCUCAAAUGGCCGUUGGGAAGAAUUGUCGACAUCUUUAAAGGACAGGAUGACAUAGUUCGAGUGGUUAACGUAAAAACACAGUCAGGAAUAUUAAAACGACCUAUUCAUCGUCUAGCUCCACUCCUUGACGAUAGCGAAGAUGUCAACCAGGAACAGGAAGAUGAGGACACACAAGCAGAAACAUCACCAAAACGACGGAAAACAUGCAAUACUUCAUUAAUCACAACGGUAAUUCUAUCAUUAUUCUUGCUUCCAAUGGUUAUUGCAUCACCGAUAAACAUUACAAGAUUCAAAAACAAUCCUGGACUAUACUUCGAAAAUCUUGGCUCCGCCAACCUGAUUGCAAACGAAUGGAACCUAGUCACAUACUAUGACCUAGCACCCAUCCGAGCUGAGCUCGAGGCAUUCAACAACGGAACAAAGGCUCUCCAACACGUAUGUAAUCAACUACAGCUUAGAACAACAUGUAAUGCGAUGGUUACCUACCUAACGAAUAUGAAGAUAUCACUCCAAGGAGACACCAACUUAAUCUCAAGACAUCGAAGUACUAGAGCAGCAAUAUACGUUGUGGGAAACAUAGCUCAUACGUUAUUCGGGCUACUGGACUCUGACUAUGCAGAAGAAUUGUCUAAAACAAUCGACCAUAUAAACAAUAAUGAGCCGCUUUUAUUAUCGAUGUUAAAAAAUCAAACGUCUGUCAUCGACUCAACCAUCAACAUAAUAAAGCAUGAUCAGCUGGAGGUUCGAAAUCGCAUAAACAUGCUUCAAAACCAAGCCAACGAGAUUAUUGGAAGAAUCGGAAACACAACUGACCAGCUUAGAGUAUUUCAAAUCUUCACUACACUCGCAAUGCAACUAAUGAUGAUGGCAUCUAAUCUUCAAAGGAUCGAAGGCACGAUUCUUAAGACACUAACGGAUGUACACUAUGGCAACAUCAACCCUCUACUGCUCUCACCUACUCAACUUAAGGCUGAAAUCAUGAACAUAAAAAAUCAUUUACCACUGUCACAAAAACUACCAUUCGAGCAAGAAGAUUUGCUCCAAUUCUACAAAAUAUCAACAACGAAGGGUGGUUCCGCAAGAAAACACUUAAUUUUCUUCCGUUGA